AUGGUUUGUACAUCUAUACCUGCAUAUUGGCACGGAGUAGCAUUCAUGGAAACAUUAUCCGCUUUUCAGAUCACGCCUUCACUUUUCUUCUCUUUUGAGCAAGACGUGAAAAAUAAGCCAAACGGGACGUUCGCCAUCGAGGCGAGAAAGGGAAAGAGCGAACUCGCCCCCUCUUUAUCUUCGUGGUUCGAAAAUAGCCAGGAUUUUGAUCUCGACGCCUUCUCUCUUCCUUCUAAGAGAGCACUAUCGCCUGUAAAUGGACCUUCCUUCACCCCCUUUGAAAGACGUAUACUCUUGUACAUCCAAAAAACGUUGUCAUCCCUUUGCUAUAAUGCGUCUGUGUUCCGAUAUCCUUCUGGAAAUGGGUUAGGCAGGAUUUUUUCCGCAUCAUUGACGAAUAUUGGAAUUCAUAUGGCACACUAUUUAAAGAUCCUCCAUUGUUAUUCCAAGCCCGGUUCUCCAUCUGCUGGGCAUGAUUGGCUGAUACCACGCACUGGAUAUAUGGCGCAUUCCAAUAUCGUCGAUCCUCAUACCAUAAUAGACACAUUAAAUAAUAUUCCAGUUUUGACUAUAGCUUCAAGGAGCCAGUCUAAUGGACACUUGGAAAUUCCGAUAUACUUACACAUGUCACUCUCGAGGGCAUCCCUUGCAAACACAACUACCCAAGAUGUAUACAUUGGCACCCUGAAACACUGCCUUGGCAACACUUUCGAUCUUUUAUCGAAAUGCAUUCUUGAACCUAGAAAGAACAAUUGUCCCACUAAGCUCAGCAAGAUAUCGAACUUCUUUUCGAGGCAUAUAAAUCCAUAUAAGAAUUAUCAUCAGGCAGCACUCGGUACAAAUUCGGCGGGCGUUCCUUCGCUCAUUAGAACCGCAAUGUUGUGGUAUUGGGUCCUCGUUGUGCUCUCAUAUGGUCAGCAAACCCGAAAAUUCCCCAUCUGCGAGGCCUUUCUUAGAAGCAGGACGGAGGAUGGGGACGAAGUACUUGGAGGAAUAAAUAGAGAUAGCAGGGGUAGUGAUGCCCGAAUCUACACCAGUGCCUGGAGUACAGUUCUUGUCUCCUUACUUUGGGUAGAAACGGGAGCGCACGAUGAUCUUCUAGCGAAUUUGAUCACAGGAGGCUUCUCUGUUCAGGAAUUCCUGCUCGUAGACUUUCUGGUACCGACCAUCGCAUACGCCGUCACGAUAGCAGAAGACUUUCGAAUACAGCCGUCCAUUUUCACAGAACUAGUCCCUCGACUGACCUUUGACCAUAUGAUCUUUGGAUACUUACUUCGAUGUUUGUUUCUUGAUAACAAACUGUUCCGAGGAACUUGCAGAAACUGCCCGAGAGGCUCCACACCAAUGCAAAAAUGUUCCACUGCACCACCACCAGGCUUACAGCUACAGAAAGCGCAGAUUGAGGAUUAUCACUUUAGGGGUGAGUCACAUCUGCACCCGGAAUAA